UCUACUCGCAUGGCGUGCUGGGUAACCGGAAGCAGUAUUGCACGUUGACAUUGUGCGGCGUCCGACACUGAGAUCAGAGGUAGAAAAAGAGAGGAUUAUGGGAGCUUCAUUGUCCGGUCCUGCCUCCACAGUUAGGGCAGAGGCUGCAAUGGCAGCGCCUCAUUUUGGGGGGAUGUCCCCACCCCCUGGAUGUCCCAUGCAUCAAGAGCCCCCCAAAAGCUCUCCACCGCCUGAGUGCCCAAUGCAUCAGGCUGAGACGGCACCGUCCGGACCAGUGCAUCAGGACAGAGCCUAUGAGUUUGUCCAAUGUCCCAUGAGAGCUGCUGAUGGAGCCAUCGAUCCCACAAACAUGAUGCCUCCUCCAAACCAGGUGCCUGCCCCUGACCAGCCCUUCUCUCUCUCUCUGAAAAGAGAGGAGUCUAAAAUUCCUCGAUCAGGCACAGAAAAUAACUGGGUCUAUCCUUCUGAACAGAUGUUUUGGAAUGCCAUGCUGCGGAAGGGGUGGCGCUGGAAGGACGAUAGUCUUGCACCUGAAGACAUGUCCAACAUAAUCCAAAUCCACAAUCGUAACAACGAUCAAGCCUGGCAGGAAAUCCUGAAGUGGGAAGCGCUGCAUGCUGGCGAGUGUCCAUGUGGUCCAUCUCUUAAAAGAUUCGGAGGCAAAGCAAAAGAGUUUUCUCCAAGAGCCAGAAUACGACACUGGAUGGGAUAUGAAUUGCCUUUCGAUCGACACGACUGGAUCAUAGAUCGUUGUGGAAAGGAAGUCCGCUAUGUCAUCGAUUACUACGAUGGGGACAUCGAUAAAGACUCCUACCAGUUUUCUAUCCUGGAUGUGCGUCCGGCCAUUGACUCUCUGGGGGCUGUUUGGGAUCGAAUGAAAGUGGCGUGGUGGCGCUGGACAUCAUAGAGUUAAUCUUAACACAGUUUUAACCUUUCUGUACUAAAAUAAAACAUCAAACAAACUUCAAAUGUACAAACAUACUAGAAUCUCCAUAUGUACAGUCUUUAUGUAAACACUUGCACACAUUGGUUAGUGGAGAUGGAUCUGGCUUUAAAUCUUUGCUGGAGAUUUGCCUGUAAUGUGCAUUUUUCCACGCUUCGGAAUAGUGCAAAUUAUUGCACAUCAAUGCAAUAACAAUGACUUAUUGGUCAUAAAUGUUAUCAUUUGGAGAGCAUAAUGAAUCAGUGUUUGUUUUUCUUGGUUUAUGGUUGCUGAUGAAUUUCUGCAUUCAUUAUCAGAUUUGCUCAGUGAAACGACAAGUGUUUCAUUUCCUUCUUGUUCAGUGAAUGCUAUUAAAUCUGAACAACUAUCUGAUCUUGCUCAGUGGUUGAACACAUCUGGUGGUUGUUUUCUUUCAAAGGCUGAUUAUUGAGUGUUUUAGCUGAUGCGAGGCGAAAGAUUUAGCAGCUGUUAUAGCUUAUUUUUGAAAAUGGUUCAGUAGUCUGUGUUCUUUGCUUAUGAAUGUAAUUGAUCUGCCACAUUGAAUGAAGCAUAUGAUAUAAGCUUUAUUUCAAGCAUUAUUCCUCUUUCCUCCCAUACUCAUCUUGCGAACUGUCACAACUGUUUCUGCUUUGAAACUCUGUGUGUUUAUUUUGCUGAAAUGGUUGCAUUAUUGUCUGUGUAUAUACUUAAGUGCUGCUGUCUGUGCUCACUAUGAGUGAGGUUUUUCUAAAGACUUUUAAUCCGAUUACUCAAAUAAAUACAUUUCUAUCCAGCUCUGGAACAUGAAUGUCUCACUGAUUUCAUGUAGAUCUGACCUGUCCAAAUAAUUAAGCAUUGUCAGUUCCAGUGAACAUGUUUCCAUGAUUUGUUUAAAGGAAUAUUCCAGGUUCAAUACAAGUCAAGCUGAAUCGACAGCAUUUGUGGCAUAAUGUUGAUUGCUAAAAAAAUGUAUUGUCUCGUCCAUUCUUCUCUUUUUUUGUGAAAAUCUUGGUUACAGUGAGGUACUUACAAUGGAAGUGAAUGGGGAUAAUUUAUGGAGGGAGGGAUUAUGGUGUCAGAAAUGUGAAGGUUAUAAAAAAAAAAGCAUUUAAAUUAUUCUGUUAAAACUCAUUUGAGCUGUGAUUUUUUUUGAAUGUAUAUUAAUUUACACAGAAAAGGUAAAAAAAACAUGUUAACAUGUAUAUUGUUUACAUCUUGUGGCUAUAAUUUUAAAAUAUUUGAAAGAUUUUUGCUUAUUUUUCCUCUCUCUCAUCCUCCCAUUUUUUUUUUUUCACUUUGAGGUAAUCAAUGUUAUGCAAUAAAUGCUGUCUAUUGAGUUUAACUCCGGAACAUCCCUUUAACUGUUAGCCUUCAAAUAAUGUAAAUUCCUGUUUCUUGAAUAAAGGCAAUAAAUAUUUCCUGAU